AGAUAUAAAUGUUGUGAGUUAUGCAUGCUGACUAUCUCAGGUUCCAGACGUAUGUGUUGUCUGGACAUGAAAUUUGAGUGAUGAAUUUUUAUUCGCGAUUUUGCAGUAAUGUGCGCUUGAAACGAAAUGCUGCUGGACGAGAAAAUUAUGUUGCUGUGUUUUCUAAUAACUAUUUGAGUAAUCGACAUCAAAAAGCGGCACUGUCUGCAAAACCUAAUGAGGCUGGUACGACCCACGUGAAAAUAAAGUUGAAACGGGGAGCUAAGAAGUUUGACUAUGACGUGGCGAAGACAGACCGUAACUACAUCACCCCCAUCAGGGCUAUGCGCAUUUACCACCUAGACGAGACUCAUCUCGAGGAGCUGCCACUCUGUCUGCGCAGAAGUGCAAUCUCCUCCGACACUGUUAUGAAGGUGUACAACAUCCGUGACGUGGAAAAGAAGGCACUGCAAGUACAUGGGUCCUUGGAGACCAUUGGGAAGCUGGAGGCGAAUAGGGUCUUACAGGAGGACAAGUUGAAGCAGCUUAAGUAUAUCUACGCACAAGUGCGCAAGAGACUUCCACAGUCCCCAGAUGUCCUGUCAGAAGGAGAGAGUACAGGUGCUGAUGGUGUUAAAGGAACCCAAAGUGGUAACCGGGUGGACAGUUCCAUAGCCCACAAGAGUCUGUGGGUGGUCAAAGUGGCAGUCAUGGUCAACUCCAUCAACGCAUUCGGAAAGUUCGUGGCAUGCGCAUACACAGGCUCUAGUGCGAUGUUCGCGGAGGCCGUGCACUCGUCAGCAGACACUCUGAACCAGUGCAUUCUAUUGUACGGAAAGAUGCACAGUGUGAAGCGGGCUAACAGUGAGUACCCCUAUGGAUACAGCAACCUACAGAACGUCACAGCACUCAUCAGUGGAUGUGGGGUAUUCUGCAUAGGCUCUGGACUCUCCUUCUACCACGGAAUCAGUAGUCUGCUGCACCCUGCGCCCAUCAGCAACCUCAGCAUUUCCUGCACUGUGCUGGCUUUCGCCCUCUUCACCGAGAGCACCAGUCUUUCAGUCGCCUACCAGCACCUGCGCCAAAGUGCCAAAUCAGCCGGACUCUCAUUUAUAUCUUACAUCCGCAGGAGCAAUGACCCGGCGGUGAAUGUGAUCUUCUGUGAGGAUGUGGCAGCAGUGGUGGGCAUCGGGCUGGCAGGAUUGUCCACUACCCUCACCCUCGUCACUGGGUCUACCCUCUGGGACGCCAUGGGAUCCCUUGCAGUCGGAUCCCUCCUUGCCUUAGUGUCUGGCUACAUCAUAUCCACUAACGCCAGCAUGCUUCUAGGACAGUCAGUGCCGGCUGAACAGAUGCAGCAGAUGAGGGCCAUUCUGGAGCGAGACAGGAUUGUGAGGGGACUGCAUGACGUCAAGGCCACAGACAUGGGCAAUGGGUGCAUCCGUUUCAAGGCAGAGGCCGACUUCGACGGCCGGGAACUCACACAGGCUUACCUCACCAACAAAGUCGACCUCGAAUCACUACUGCAAGAGGUGCGUCAAAUAGAGGAUGUGCGUGGGCUGGAGCAGCUGCUGCUGAGUCACGGGGAAGGAGUAGUUGACCAGUUGGGGGAGGAGGUGGAUAGACUGGAGCAGAAACUCAGGGAAAAACACCCCAAUGUCAGACACGUGGACCUAGAGGCACUAUGACACUAGUUGUUGUCGAAGAAACCCGAUGAGAAUUGACAUUUCUUCGCUAGACGAGAAAAAAAGCGACAUCUGAUGCAAAAUUAAUGGAAUUGUUUCUUAGGAAACCCAGAAUGAAAGAUAAAUACAGACACUAGAUCCAGUUAAUUAAAAACUUAAGCGUCUGCGGGAAAAGAAACGGAAUUUCAUCAGAAAAAAAUUAUAUUACUGUUUUGAAAACUUAUUUAUUUUUUUCAUUGAAUAAAUUGAUUAUUGGUCAUCAAAAACGACUUGAAUUAUAA